UACGCACAGUGACAGAACACAGAGUACUCUCUGACUCUUUGUUGAUUUGCUGUUUCUGUUUGCCGUCACGGCAUAAUAUUUAUAUACAUGGAACUUCAUUUUUUUAAAAUUUUAGAUAUCGGACGUAUUUUGCGUAAAACUGACGGUUUUUAAAAUAGAACAAGUAUGGAUUUACAAACAUCACACUUAGCAGCAGCUUUAAUGUCGGGUAAUAAUGCAUUUAAUGUAGCACAGCAAGAACCUUCCCUUGCAACAACAGAAACCGCUAAUGAUGAAAGUAAAAAAGAAAAACCUAACGAAGCUCGAAAAGAAACUACCUUUGAGGAAAAAGAGGAAAUGGGUAGUGGAGAAGAGUUUUCUGAUGAGGAAUCUGAAAUACAACCAGGAAGUAAAUCAAUACCAGGAAGAGGUGUAACUUUACAAAUGCUUUUAGAAGAAAAAAUGCUAGAACCAGGCACUGCAGCUAUGACUAUAGAGUACUUGGGACAAAAAUUUGUUGGUGAUUUACAAGCUGAUGGUAAAAUUAAAUCCCAUGAAACUGAAACAAUUUUCUGUUCUCCAUCUGCUUGGGCCAUACACUGUAAGAGGAUUAUUAAUCCCGAUAAGAGAUCUGGUUGUGGCUGGGCCUCUGUUAAAUACAGGGGCAAAAAACUUGACACUAUUAAAGCCACUUAUCUUCGUAAGAAGCAAUUACAAAGGGAAAAUAUGCAUACAGAUGAAGAAACAGAAAUGGAAGUAGAAAGUCCUCCAGAACCUCCGCCACAGAGAGUGGUCAUGAAACAUAACACCGUGCCUAACAGAAUGAUGCAACAUGAUGCAAAUAUGCUGAUUGAGGCGGUAUCAUUUUCUUCAGCGGGAAAGGUUCAACCAUUUCUUGUUUCUGUCAGUUCAAAUGCUCUCCUGGUACUUGAUAUUCAUUGUCAUUUGAAAAAGGAAGAAGUAUAUGGGUAUUUUGCAGGGACAUGGGAUUUGAACAAUCAUAAUGUGAUGCUCACACAUACAUUUCCAUGUUUGAUAAGUAAAAAUGAUACGAGACCCAAAGUUUUAGUUGAGUUGGAAAUUCAAAUGGAAAUUGAAAAAUCGGGGCUGACGCUUUUAGGAUGGUAUCACUCCCAUCCAUCCAAUCCUGCUAUGCCGAGUUUGAGGGAUUGCGACAGUCAACUUGAGUACCAAAUUAAAAUGAGAGGACCAUCAGACAUAUCCUACAUUCCAUGUAUUGGAGUUAUCUGCUCACCGUACAACCCAGAAAGCCCAGUUUUAGAAUCGUCGUUAACUUUCUACUGGGUUAUGCCACCGCCUGAACAGAGGCCCACAGAAUAUCCACGACCUUUGUUGCUACAAUAUAAUAUGGUGCAUGAUAGUCACUUAUCGACACAUGCCAUGGAGCAAAUUAAGAAGAGCAUCAAAUAUUACAUGACAUACACAGAUGAUUCAUUCGUUAAUUUUAAAGAUAAUUACAAACCAGAUAUAACAUUCCUAGAUAAAUUAAAGUGCACAUUAACACCCAAAUUUCCAAGGGAACAGAGUGAUGGCUUGCUGUGGCAUUUUAUUAGAGAUGAACUAGGCUGCUCUUCCGAAAAUGACGAUAAAAUGGAUUUGGAUGCAUUGCUAGCGGUGCCCCAAGUUAUCCCUGCGUCCAAACCUAGUCAGUCAUCAUCAUCUAACUUUCCAUCUGUCAGUACUUUGCAGCAAAUGGUUAGUAGACCACCAGGCGUACCGCCAAUUAAUGUAUCAUCUGCAAUAGGGCCAGUUUCUCCACAUAAAUUUGAAACACCUCCACUAAAUAUACCAGUAUUAUCAUCGACCGCAAAACCAUCGAAAUCGAAUACACCAUCUCUUCCACCGUCAUAUCCUACAGGCUUAGAUAUGCUAACAAGUAUGGCGUUGGGUCUCAGCUCGCCCAAUAUGCCACUUCCAUUAGGCUCUACUGGUUUAGAAAGUUUAGCAGCUGCAAAUAGUAUGCUUACAGGUUUCAGUCCUGGGAUGUCCCCAAAUUUAGCGUCUAGCUUAUCGUCUUCUAAGCUUUCUGACCUUCCCUCAUACGCGGCAUCGUUACAGAGUUUAUCAAGUAACAUGGUAAAUUUUGAAAAAACGUCUACCAGUACAUCGACCAGUUGCACAACCUCAGUCGCACCAAUUCCUGCAAAUAUAGCUUCGAAUUUAAUGAUGAGUUCCGCUGAUAUCGCAAAUGCGUUGUUCUCGGCUAGUAAAUAUUCCAGUGCUGGUAUAUUGGGAAUACCCGACCCAAUGUCGAAGUCAACAUUAGCCGCUAAUAACAUGUUUUUGUCUCCAUCGUUGCUUAAGAUGCAAGAAUCUUUACUGAAACCCUUGUCAAGUAGUAGUCCAAUACCCUCAAAAGUUGGCCUCGAUCAAAAUAUGAUAAUGAAAAGUCCGCAUGAUUUGAUCAAGAGCGGCAGCAAAGAUUACUUACCUCCAGAUUUUGGAAGCAUAGGAAAAGGAAAAGACACCUCAUUAGAGUCAAUGAAACAUUCGGAUUUAAGCGUAUCUAAAGAAUCGUCGCAAUCUAUUUUAUCAGAAUCUCCUCAAUCGACGGAUUACUCUCAAUUGGGCACAUCGCCCCGAAUCGGUGCUGACCCAUUUUUGAAUCAAAUGUUAGAAUUGACUAAAAAAACAACGUUGCCAGAUUAUGUUAAAGAUUUUAGCCAAAAUCGAAAAAUAAACGAAGAAGAAAUGCAAAAAAAUCCACCAUCAUCGCUCUCCUAUUCGAGCGCCGCUAGUAUUGCAGACACCAUCGCGCAAGUAGCGAUGGGUAACUUUGGAAAAAUGGACGAAGUGGUCGACUACAGUAAAACUCAAGACUACAGUAACCCUAAAACAUUGAUCAAUGAAAAUGAUAAUAAUCAUUAA